ACGCGCUCAGGCACGCAGCGCCCCCCUCGAAGAAGCCUCUGCUUGAGAAUAUCAUUUGAAAUUUAAAUUUCAUUUCAAUUAAUUUCGUCUCGAUUCGGUUCGUGUUCUCUCGGCUCGACUCGGCUAAGGACUGUCUCGUUCUCAGACAAUAUAGAGCAGCAUAUAUAUAUAGGGCGCCGAGCUCUGAGUUCUGUGUCAAAGCAUCGCAAGAUGUUGUCAGUGUCGCGCUCAUUCUCGCUGCUGCUGCUCUGCCUGCUGCUGCUGCUGCAGCAUGGCUUGGGCAGAGUCUUCGAGCGCUGCGAGCUGGCUGCCCUGCUGCAGCAGCGAUACGGAAUGCACGCUGCCCAGGCGGCCACGCUGGUGUGCAUUGCCCAGCAUUCGAGUGAUCUGAAUACGGCCGCCUUUGGCGGUGGCAGCGGACCGGGCGGCGGUUCGCACGGCAUCUUCCAGAUAAGCGACGUCUACUGGUGCUCGCCUCCGGGCCAGGGCGCUGGCUGUGGGCUGAGCUGUUCGCGUUUGCGCGACGACGACAUUGCGGACGAUAUCGCGUGCGUGCGUAAAAUCUAUGCGGAGCAUCAGCGCAUCUCCGGAGAUGGCUUCACCGCCUGGCAGGCGUACAAUGCGUACUGUCGCCAGGAUGCCGCUUCCUAUGUGGCUGGCUGUGGCAACUCCAAUGCUCUGCAGGUGGCUGCCUCCUAUCAGCAGGCGCAGCACCCGCACCACCACCAGCAGCAGCAACAGCAACAGUUGCAGGUGAGCUAUUAUCAUCAGCAACCGCUGCAGCAUCAGCAGGCGCUGGCUCCAGCGCAGAAACAGGGCAAGAUCUACAGCCGCUGUGAGCUGGCGCAGGAGCUGUUCUACCAGCACAAGCUGCCCAUGCAGCAGAUACCCACCUGGGUGUGCAUAGCCCAGCACGAGUCCUCCUACAACACGGCGGCAGUGGGUCGCCUGAAUGCCGAUGGCAGUGCGGAUCACGGCCUGUUCCAGAUCAGCGAUCUCUACUGGUGCACGCACGACCAGCGCGGCGGCAAGGGCUGCCAUGCUGCCUGCAAUCAGUUCCUGGACACCAGCAUCGCGGACGAUGUUCAGUGCAUACGACGCAUCUAUCAGGAGCACACACAGAUUUCGGGCGACGGAUUCACUGCGUGGACUGUCUACAAUCGGGACUGUCGCAACCAGCGCUACGAGCAGGUGGCCGCCUGCUUCGCCAAGCCGCCUCUAGUGGCGCCUGCCACGCAUCCCAAUGCCAUUGCCGGAGGCAGCAAGGUCAGCUAUGCCUAUCCGUUUGCGCAGCCGCAGCUGCUGGCUCCUGCCACGACGCCGAAUCCCUACUACAGGCCGACCCACAAGCAGAUCACCUAUCAAGCCGUACAGGCUGUGUCCAGUUAUCAGAGCAAUCCCUUCCUGCGCCCUCGCCUGCCCUCGCCCACGGCAUACACUCAGUCGCAUCCCAAUCUAAUUGGCAGUCCUGUUAAGUCGCAUUUCGCAAGUGUUUAUAGCACGCCAGCAACGAAUCCUUUGCUCGCCUUCAAGCACCACACAACACCAAAACAACAAAUACAGCAGCUACACUAUUCAUACCAACAACAACAACAACAACUACUACAACACUAUUACACAACACCUAAGCGAGCUGGUAAAGUUUAUAAACGCUGUGAAUUGGCCCAAGAGUUGUAUUUCUCACACAAGUUUCCAAUGCAGGAUUUAGCUACUUGGGUGUGCAUCGCAGAGCAUGAGUCCCGCCUGGAUACGUCGGCGGUGGGGCGACUGAAUGCGGACGGCAGCGCGGAUCACGGUCUCUUCCAGAUCAGCGAUCUAUACUGGUGCACGCAUGGCGGGGGCGUCGGAGGCAAGGGCUGUCACAUCGACUGCGAUCGUCUACUGGACUCGGAUAUCUCAGAUGAUGUCAAGUGCAUUCGGACCAUACACGAGGAACAUACGCGCAUCUCUGGGGAUGGCUUCACAGCCUGGGCGGUGUACAAUCCACAUUGCAGAGAUCGUAGCCGAGCAGAGAUUGCGAGCUGUUUCGAGCCGAGUGAGUUGGAAAAGGAGCCUGCAAAGCCCGUAAAACCAGCAUAUAAUGAACUGGUACGGAAGCCUAAGCCCAAGGGCAAGAUCUACAGUCGCUGUGAGUUGGCCAAGGAAUUGUAUCACAAGCACAAGGUGCCCAUGCAAGAGAUACCCACUUGGGUGUGCAUAGCUCAGCAUGAAUCUUCCUUCAACACAGCUGCAGUGGGUCGACUUAAUGCCGAUGGCAGCGAAGAUCAUGGACUGUUCCAGAUUAGCGAUCUCUACUGGUGCACACAUGGCGAGGGCGGUGGCAAGGCCUGCCACAUUGAAUGCGAUCGUUUGCUGGACUCUGAUAUUACGGAUGAUGUGCAAUGCAUUCGCACUAUACACGAGGAGCACACGCGCAUAUCGGGCGAUGGCUUCAACGCUUGGACCGUAUACAAUGGUCACUGUAGAAACCAAAACUUGGCACAGCUGAGUGAUUGCUUUACAGGCAAUGAGAUUUCCGAGGCGCAGAAGCCCAAUCACUAUGCGAAGCCACCGAAGACGCCUGUCCCGCAGCAUCAGGCUGUUGUAAAGAUCGCAGCUAAUCAUGACUAUGGCGCAAAUCCAUUUCUACAACGUCUGAGCGCAGCACCGACUGCCAGGCCUGCAACAGCCAAGCCCACAACCGCCAAGCCUGUAAAGCCUCCAGUCCAUGUUGCUGUAGUGCCCAAUCAUCCAUUUGGCUCGAAUCCCUUCUUGCAGUUACUCAAACCUCAGCAGCAACCCGCAGUAGUCAAGCCCGUAGCUCGGCCUGUUGCAUUUAGUGGGCAAACAGCUGUAUCGAAGACCGAAUAUAGUCAUAAUCCCUUUCUAAAACCUUAUAAUAAACCCUCAACUAGUACUACUCAAACCUCAGUUGCGAAUAAGCAAACCAUUCAAUCUAAACCAUCCUCAGCUGUAUCAAAUACAUUCUUGAGUCUUGUUAAUAAGCCAGAAGCCGACAAACACAAAAUAUCCACCACUUCUAAGCCUGUCAAGGCUACGCAUCAUCCUUAUAUAAGUAGCGAUAUCUUUCGACACGAGAUUAUUAAAUUUACGGCCACGUCGUCAGCAGCGACGACAGGUCUGCAACAGUCAAGCACAAAAACAACAGCGAUCACAACAAAGCCAUCAACAACACACAAAACAACAGCUCACUCCACAACAACCACUAUUCGACCCCACACAACAACAGCUCGUCCAUUUACCACAAUUAGGCCAGCUACUACUUUAAAAGUGACAACUCGUUCGCCAACAUCCCGGAUACCGACAACAACAGCACGUUCGAUAACAACAACACGCCGUGUCACAACAACUAAAGCAGCGAGACAUACUACCUCCAAGUCCACAACUCCACAUACAACUGCAAAGCCCACAGCUCGUAUAACUACAGCCAGAUCCACAACGCGAGGCACAACACGAGCUACAACUCGUCCCACGACGCGAGCCACAACGAGGACCACAGCUCGUCCUACAACUAGAGCUACAACGCGUUCCACAACUCGUUCCACGUCUCGACCCACAGCGCCAGCCCCAACACGAACCACAGCGAGAACUACAGCUCGGCCUACAACCAGAGCUACAACUCGUCCCACAACUCGAACUACAACCAGGCCUACAACUCGUCCCACAACUCGACCUACAACCAGAGCUACAACUCGUACCACAACUCGUACCACAGCGAGGACUACAGCACGUCCUACAACCAGAACCACAACGAGAUCCACGACAACAAUAAAUCCUGCAACGCGCUCGACGACACGUUUCACGACAGCAAGACCAACCGUGCGCCCAACAACUACAAGAUCCACAACACUUUCUACAAAAGCAAGCCACCCUACACGUUCUACAAGUCGCACCACACGUUCCACAACACGCUCUACAACACCACGGCCCACAACACGUUCCACGACGAGAAUUACAACACAUUCCACAACAGCGAGGCCCACACUACGCUCUACAACAACCUGGCAUCCAUUUGCAGCAACGCCAACAACAGCUACAGCUCGCCCCAGUCUGAGGACGUCUACCACCUAUAGAACCACAACGCGUCCACCGACAACAGCUCGCCCAAGCACCACCAUCGUCCCAUCGACCACGCCACGACCUUAUUUGUUUACCUCAACGAAAUCACACACAACCACGUCAACUCGUCGCCCCGCAAGCACUGUGAGGAGUGGUACCACAAAAGAUCCAUUUGACCAUCCAUUCUUUGCGAAAUUUAAAGCCCAAUUCGAUGCAUUUCGUACGCCGCCAUCAACUGUCAGUAAGCCCACCGCGACGUCCAGUUUGACCAACCAAUCCAAAUUUACUGCCAGCCCGAACUAUGCCAAAUUUCAGGAAAACAGUGCCAAGGUGGGAGCUAAAACGGUAUAUGAAUACAAUUUUGGCCAGAAUCGAACAACGACUACGACACGGCCCUACUCGACCAAAACCAGAACAGAUCUAAGUUUGAGCAACAAGAAUUAGAUUUACGGUAGGGUAACUUGUAAAUAUUGUGUAUAAUGCGGCUAGUUAGGUUU